AUGCGAAGCUCUGCAACUGGUGCUGUGUGGAAGCAGAAGCAGCUGGCCAUGGAGCUAUCAGGGCUACCAGACCACCCGUCCAAGAACUCAAAGCUGGAACAGUAUGCCACUGACGGCGACAUUGCUGCUCGAUGGCUGCUGGGCAUCAAUCAACAGGAUCCCUUCAGAGACACAGAGAAGGUGGUGGACCUGGGUGCUGGCAACGGCAUAUUAGGCAUUGGUGCAUUGCUUCUGGGUGCGCCGCGUGCCGUCUUUGUGGAGGUAGAUGGCGCAGCUGCUGACACGCUGGAGGACGCCUUGGAGGCGCACGCCCUGUCAGCACGCUCUGUUGUGCUGCGCCGUGAUGUGGCCGAGGUGGCAGAUGAUCCGGGUUGUGCUUGCGACAUCGUAAUAAUGAAUCCGCCAUGGGGACAGCAGCGAAGAUCCGCAGACAGACCGUUUCUGCAGGCUUCUAUAGCACUGGCAAGGACGUCUGUUCAUUUGAUGCACAGUGCAGGUGCGGUCCAUGUUGAACCAUGGGCGCGGGAUCAUGGAUGGCAUGCGGACAGAUGGUUGGAGGUGGAUUUUCCUCUGCCACGAAAGUAUGCACAUCAAAGCCGACGCAGAGGCUUCACAUCGGCUGCCAUGUGGCGAAUCUCCAAGCAGCCAGUGAACAGCGAAGGUCCUGUUCGCAAAGUCCGAUCAGACCACUCAGACUUGUUCUGA